GUUUGAAAUUUUCGGGUACUUCUUCCAUAUGUUCUUGGCAUCACUGAUAAGUUAGACUGUGCUUAAAAUUAAACAAACUGAAUAGCCCUGUUUAUUAUUCAAGCUUUCUGAAAGUGUAUGACGUUGCACUAUUUGUUAUUCAAUUUUGUCCUAUUGUUGAUUAAAAUACUCCAAAUGCCAAUUCCCACUUUCUCAAUAUAAAAGUAACACGAUCCAACACAAAAGACACCAUCGCAAUGAACACUGCCCUAAUUCUUCUGGCUCUGAUUGCUAAAUUGGCUGCUGAUCUAUAUGGAAAGGAAGCAUAUGAUAGGAUCGUUAAAGUACAUAACGAGUUGGGAAAUGAUGUGGCAUGUGGAAAAUACCAAAAUCACAGUGACUACCCCAAGGCUUCUCAGAUGAUGAUGAUGAAAUGGAACCAGUCUUUGGCCGAAGCUGUCGGAAAUGUCAAACAUUCUUGUCAGCAAUUAAAAGAGCGAUAUUUGAAAAAAUUCAUUAAAGGAGAGAACCUCUACAGAGUUUACUUUUAUAAUACGGUAGUAGAUGGCUUGCAAGAACGUGAUGAAAUUUUACGAAGAUCUGAAAAAGCAGUUAGUACAGGAGCUAAUUUUGAAGUUGAACGAUUUCAUAAGAUACUUCAUGACAAGGUGACUUCAAUCGGAUGUAGCUACAAGAACUGUGAAAAUGAUCAAGGUUAUGACAUGCGUUAUUUCAUAUGCAAGUAUAGUCCAAUAGAUAAUGGAGAUAUGUACCACGUAGGAGAGCCAUGCAGUCAGUGUCCAGUUGGUACCUCGUGCAAUCAAAAUGCGAAUUCGGAGUUUUUCAAUCUUUGCCAAUAA